AAACAAACACGAAACGAAAUGGAUUAGAAUUGUGACAUGGUGUAUAGUCAUAAGUUAUGCAAUUCGUGAAGGUGCAUCUAAAAUAGUUUUGACAGAAUUGUAAUAACAUUUUUUAUUAAAUUUACGUUGGAAAGUUGUUUAUCUGAGUUAUCUAUUCAAGAACCAUGCAAGAAGACUCAUCAAACGGAGAAUCAACAUUUGAGUUUGUAGAUUCUAAGAAUGAUCCAAAAACUCAAUCUAAAAAACAGCAAAAUAAAAGUGAAAAAGGAGAAGCCAGUCUUUUGUCCCAAGUAGCUCCUCCCUCAGCUCUGCCUAGUUUCGUGCCUGCUGUUCCAGCACCAGAUGGUAACACAGCUAGUAGCACAUCACUAGCCUUCCAUCCUACCAUGUUCAGCCCUGUUAUCCCAGCGGAGAAGGGAGUAGCAGUGAGCAGCCCCAGUGCAGACUCAGCGACAGAGGCAACUGCCUCCCCCUCCCCCUCAGGUGGUGGUGGCGGAGGGCUGCUGGGCUGGGUCAAGGGUUACAAUGGCCUUGGCAUUCUCAAUAAAGUGGCUGAGAAGGCUAAGAGUUCAGUAGACACAGUCAUCACCACUCUAGACCCUCAAAUGAGAGAUCUUGGACUUCUGCCAUCAGCCAAAUCAGGAGACUAUGAAGUAAUUGUGGCAUCAGAUAAGGAGGUGAAGAUCAGCCCAGUGCGAGAAGCCUUCCAAAGUAUAUUCGGCAGUCGAGUCAACAUCAGAGGUUUGGCAGCCGACGCCAAGGGAUUGGCAGAGCAACCAGUUGGCUUUGAGGGAGGAUUACGAGGAGCUUGGCUUAGGAUAGAGGCCAUCCGAGCUCACUACCCUGAGGUUCCCAUCGUAGCCGUAGAGAACUUUCUUGUCGAGCUAUCUCCAGAUAAAUGGUACGAUGUCGGGGCGAUCGUACUAAGUGACAUUGUUCGGGGUUUGACUCUGGAAAGUUUCACACAGAUGACUCCUGUCCCAUCAGCGAUUGUGGCAAUGGCUCAAGAAGAGACACCAGCUGACUACCUGACGUCUGCCCAAGGCUUCAAAAUACCUAUUGGCAGUCUUAUGGCCAGUAACUUACAUGUUCACCCCUCCGAGUGGCACCAGGCAAUGACAGGUGUGUCUCGACGGGAAAUGAUCCUUCUGGCUGCUCGGUCUCUGGUCAACAUCUACAAGAACAGCCUUCUCUAACCUACCUCACCUAUUUCUUUGUAUAUAUUUGUACCAAACCCAAUAAUAUAUUUUUUAACCAAAAGUCAUAUGUAUAACUGUAGAUAUGUUGUGAAAUACAAAAUUUUGUUAUGUAA